GACUGUUGUAAUUUUGAAUUCCAAAUACAAUACAUUCGUUCGAGUUCAUCUGUUCAUACUACAAUUCAAAUACUUCUAAUUAUCAUAUUGGCGUCGCGAUGGAGCCUGCGAUACAACAGUUGGACAUUCAUUCAACUUCUGAAGCUUGUGAGGAUUACCUUGAAAGGUUUGAGAUAUGGAGCAUGACCAAGAAAGAUAUGAAGGGUGACAAAAUUGUGGCACAUUUUCUUACAUUCAUCGGUCAAGAAGCCUACAGUUUAUUAAAAACCUUGGCAUAUCCAGAUAAGCCGAUUUCACUCCCAUAUACAACUCUCAAGGAAUUACUAUUAAACCAUGUGAAGUGCACCAGUUUUGAGUGUCGUGAGAGAGCAAAAUUUCAUAAGAUGAUUCGUCAGGAUAACCAGAAGGUUAAAGACUUCAUCCUUGAAUUGCAAAGACAAGCUGCCAAAUGCAAUUUUGGUGAUCAGCUUCAUGUACAGUUGAGAGAUCGGUUAAUUGCUGGAAUUAACAUACCAGGUCUGGAAAAGGAGCUGUUAAGAAUGCCGAACUGUUCUUUUCAAGAUGCUAGAACUGCAUGUAUUAACUACGAAGCAGUGAAUGAACUUGAUAUUCAAUCGAUGAAAAUUUCUAAUACUUUGCUUAGUCGUCAUGAUGAAUUACAAUCUCAGGGUCGAUCAAAUUUGCGUUCGUUUAAUCGUGAUUGCUAUUCCCGUGGAAAUAUGAAAGGUGGUUUAACAAGGAACUGCAAAGCAAACAACAAAGGUGAGAAUAAGUUUGGUAAAUGCUUAUCUUGUGGCAAAUUUCAUUUUCGUAAUUCAUGUACAUUUCGUAAUGCUAAAUGUUUUAAAUGUGGCAAGAUAGGACACAUUCAGUCAGUGUGCAAAACUACUGUUCACUUUGCUUCAAGUAUUACUAAGUCUGGUAACUUAGAUCCCAAUAAUUCGGCUGUUCUUGAUGAUCAUUUAUCUUUAUCCACUACUUCAAAAGGGAAUGUUCAUAUUCAAAAGCGAUUAUAUACAUCCCUUGGUUCAUUUCAUGACUUUAUUGUGGACACAGGUAGUAUAGAGUCCAUUAUUUCAUUCAAGAACUUGAAAUCUUUAGAUCCUAAUGUUGUGGUAAAACCCACUGAGGUCUCAAUACUGGGGAUUACUGGACACAGACUACCUAUACGAGGAUGUUGUAAAUUGCUAAUAAGAGAUGAUAAUUCUUCAUACGUACCUUGUGAAUUUUUAGUUAGUGUAACAGGACUGUCCAUACUGGGUUUAAAAAAUCUGAAAAGGCUUAAAGUGGAAUUGUCUCUACUAGUUUCUACAGAGAAUUCUGAUGCUUUACUCAAGGAUUUGAUAGCUGUGUGUGCUAAGUGUAGUGGAGGUAUGAAAAUUCAGCCCAUUAAACUUCAAGUACAGGGUGAUCCGGUCUUUCUUAAAAGACGAAUAAUUCCUUAUGGUCUUCGAGAAGCAGUACAUAAGUCACUGAAUGAUUUGUGUGCGAAAGGUAUAAUUGAACCAGUUCAGUCCUCAGCAUGGGGUACUCCUAUUGUUACGCCAUUGAAAUCGGAUGGCAAGACCCCUAGAAUAUGCGGUGAUUACAGAUUGACACUGAACUCCCGUUUGUUGAAGCAAACAUGCACGACGAUGGAGGCUGAAGAUAUUCUAAAUCGGCUUCAUGGUUCUAAAGUGUUCUCGAAAGUUGACUUGAAAGAUGCUUAUCUUCAAAUCCCUUUAGACCAAUCUUCAUCUAUCUUGACAACAAUUAACACUCCUUUUGGUCUGUUCAAAUACAACUUCCUUCCAUUUGGUCUUAGUUGUUCUCCAGCCAUAUUUCAAGAGGUCAUGAAUAAGAUAGUCAGCGAUAUUGAAGGUGUUGAAGUUUAUCAAGAUGAUCUCAUUGUUCAUGGUGCUGAUAAAGUAGUCCAUGACCAGAGACUUAUUGCUUUAUUGCGUCGUUUAAUUGAGAAGAAUAUUACAGUGAAUCCAAAUAAGUGUUCAUUUAGUGUAUCUAGUUUUGAAUGCCUUGGAUACCUAGUUGAUGGUAAUGGUUUUAGACCAGAUAUGAAACGACUAGCUCCACUGACAAAUGCACCGUCUCCAAAAAACAUCACAGAAUUACGUUCACUAGUGGGUGCUCUUCAGUACUAUUCUCGUUUUAUUCCUAAUUUUUCUUGUCGUGCCAAUUGUUUAUUUAAUAUUUUGACAUCCAAUUCAUUCAAAUGGGGUGAAGAACAAGAGUCAUGCCUACGAAGUCUGCUAAAGUUUCUUCAAAGUGAUGCUGUCCUUCGAACUUACUCACCCAGUGUACAUUCUGUUCUUAUUACUGAUGCGUCACCUGUAGGUAUUGGUGCAGUUUUGGAACAGGAAGGUAGGCCAGUUAUAUGUGUUUCACGCAAACUUUCUGUUGCUGAACAAGGUUAUUCACAAACGCAGCGAGAAGCGUUAGCUGUGUUUUGGGCUGUUAAAAGACUUCAUAAAUAUUUAUUUGGAAAGAAGUUUACCAUUGUUACUGAUCAUGAAGCCUUAAAGUUCAUUUAUCAUCCUGACAAAUCCUUAGCACGUUCCUCAGCUGCUAUGGUUCAACGAUGGAGUAUUGCUUUGAGUGCUUAUGACUAUACGAUUCAGCACAGGAGUGCAAAACAAAUUCAACACGUUGACUACAUUUCUCGACAACCAUUACAAGAUAGACCUGUUAAUACUUCAGACUGCUUGUUAGUGCAACCUUUACCGGUGAGACGUCCAGAUCUCAUUAGAGAAACUCGUAGAUACUUUGGAUGUAUACUCAGUGCUAUACGGAAGGGUUGGAAUGCUAAUCUGAAACGUAGAUUUCCUGUCUAUUAUUCAAAGCGGGACGAGUUAUCUACUACUCCUGACGGUAUUUUGUGUUUAAAUGAUCGUGUUGUUAUUCCUCCUUCAUUACGCAAACCUGUCCUUGAUGAUCUUCAUAGUGGACAUCUUGGUGUUGAGAAAAUGAAAUCCUUAGCAAGACUCACAUGUUGGUGGCCAGAGAUAAAUGCAGAUAUAUGUCGUACAGCAAACAAUUGUGAGAAAUGUCAUAAGCUAAAAAGUCUGCCUUCGAAGUGGACUCCAUGGCCAGUAUCGUCUGAGGCCUGGCAGAGAAUUCAUGCAGACUACUGUGGUCCAUUUCUUGGCAAAUACUAUGCACUUGUAAUUAUUGAUUCUUUUUCUAAGUGGCCUGAAGUUUUUUUCACAACUUCACCGAAUUCUGACUUCACAAUUCAAGCAUUAAGGAAGGUGUUUAGUCGAGAAGGAGUUCCCAUGGUGUUGGUGACUGAUAAUGGCUCUCAUUUUGCUGCAGAUGCAGUCACUAAUUGGUUAAAUGGUAUAGGGUGCAGACAUCUGUUUACGGCUCCCAGGCACCCUUGUUCCAAUGGUCAGGCAGAAAAUUUCGUAAGAACAUUGAAAAUUGCUAUUGAUUCUAUUGCUGCUUCGACAUUCAAUGAACUGGAGAGGGGAGUAGAUACAUUUCUACUUCAAUAUAGAAAUGCUAAGCAUUCUGUGACGAAAGAGACUCCAUCAAAGCUAUUAAAAGGAAGAAUUCUCCGUUCGAAUAUGAGGUGUUUGGAGUCUGCAGAAGUUACGUAUUAUCGUGGUAAUGAUCUUCGACCAGCCACGGGGAUCGUGGUGAAGAAUGUUGGAAAAUCUAUGGUGCGAAUUCUGGAUAUCAAUGACUUGACCAUACAUAACCGACACGUUGAUCAAAUACAAUACCAGAAUCCAGGUGAGUCUGUUCCAAUUUCGGUUGUUAAUUCUAAUACUAAUGAGUGCAUUCUAGAUAAUACAGAGUCUACAUCCAAUACACCGUCGGACAGAUGUAAGAUGAACUUAAGAAGAGGACGAACAAUCGAUUACAGACACUUACACUCCAAUUCGAGCUGUGGCGGAUGUGAUGUUUAAAUAAAUCAAUGACUUCUUCGUAUUGAUGACUGUUGUAAUUUUGAAUUCCAAAUACAAUACAUUCGUUCGAGUUC